CAUACACAAACACAUUCACACUCACACAUUAGAUUAGCGACCGCAUGAGCUACAGUUUCCAUAACCUCAAGUCGUGUGCAUCUUUCUUGUUAAUUGGGAGCGCGCUGAACCUCUGCGUAAUAUUGCUGCGGCCACUUGCAUCUCCAAUCAUUCUUGCGAAGGCUCACCCAGAUCGCCACUUGGAUAUUUCCUUAAAUCUCGUUACUUUCGUGGGUCUUUCUGGGUGUGGGUCAAAUAAGCAUUCAUAUGCAUGAUUGAAUGUCAUUGCAUUGCUCUACGGACUCCAGUUUCCUGUUGUUGCGGAUCACACGCGCGGAACCUGUGGUUAGAUAUGACGCAUCGGUCACAAUAGGAACGCGUCUGGGAGAAGCAGAAGGGUUGAAGUGAGAAGGGAUCUCUAAAUCUGGACUGCACAGGCGAAACACGCUCACCUGCUCGUCAUGUCGAACACGGCGAAGAGCAAAAAGGAAAAGGAAAUCAUUACCGAGUAUGAGAGUCAAGUGAAAGAGAUCCGGUCUCAGUUGGUGGAACAGCAGAAAUGUUUGGAGCAGCAGACGGACAUGCGAGUUCAGCUCUUGCAGGAUCUGCAGGAUUUCUUCAGAAAGAAAGCAGAGAUCGAGAGCGAAUAUUCACGCAACCUAGAGAAACUUGCUGAACGCUUCAUGGCCAAAACGCGCAGCACGAAGGACCACCAACAAUACAAGAAGGACCAGAACUUGCUAUCUCCAGUGAACUGCUGGUACCUGCUACUGAACCAGGUGAGGAGAGAGAGUAAAGACCAUGCCACACUCAGUGACCUUUACCUCAACAACGUCAUUACACGCUUCACGCAUGUCAGCGAGGACAACAUGCGUCUGCUCAAGAAGAGCAAAGAGAUUAUUUUCCAACUGCAAGAAGACCUAAUGAAGAUUCUUAACGAACUCUACACGGUUAUGAAGACAUAUCACAUGUAUCACAGUGAGACUUUGAGUGCAGAGAAUAAGCUAAAGGAGGCAGAGAGGCAGGGUGAACGACAGAGUCGGGGCGGAGAGGCCGUCUUUAGCCUGCGCACUGAAGAUCGCCACCAACGACGCAACGCUGCCCGCAAGAUCCAGAAGAUGAAAGAGAAGCGCCAAGCCAAGUACUCGGAGAACAAACUGAAGGUUAUGAAGGCCCGGAACGAGUAUCUAUUGACUCUGGAGGCCACCAACGCCUCUCUGUUUAAAUAUUACAUCAGCGACCUGUCGCAUUUGAUUGACUGUUGUGACCUUGGUUACCACGCGGGCCUGAGCAGGGCAUUACGGACCUACUUGUCGGCAGAAUACAGCUUGGAAACCUCUCGGCACGAGGGCCUGGAUAUUUUAGAGGGGGCCGUGGAGGGGCUGGAUCCUGGCAGUGACCGGCAGCGCUUUAUGGAGACUCACCCCACAGCAUUCACUCCUCCAGCACGCUUCACCUUUCAACCACACUUGGGAGACCAGGUGAGUCAAAUCACGGCACUGCCUCAGGUGCAAGCCGAGCUCCUUCUCCGAUUCCAACAGCUGCAGUCUCGCCUCUCCACACUGAAGAUCGAAAAUGAGGAGGUGAAAAAGACGUCAGAGGCCACCCUCAGCACUGUCCAGGAUAUGGUGAACAUGGAGGACUAUGAUGUGUCUGAGAGCUUCCAACACAGUCGCUCCACUGAGUCUGUCAAAUCCAGCGUAUCAGACACUUACCUCAGCAAACCCAGCCUGGCCAAGAAACGCGCCAACCAGCAGGAAACCGAGCUCUUCUAUUUCACAAAACUAAAGGAGUAUCUGGAAGGCAGCAAUCUCAUCGCUAAACUGCAAGCCAAACACGACAUGUUGAAGAGGAGCAUAGCGGAAGGAUACAGAGCUGACAUCAUGACAACCAGCCGACGACGAAACUCUCACAGCAGACACCAGGACUCGGGGAAGGCUAUCCCUUUGAUUGUGGAAAGCUGCAUUCGCUUUAUUAAUCUAUACGGUCUGCAACAUCAGGGUAUUUUCAGGGUUUCGGGCUCACAGGUUGAAGUCAAUGACAUCAAGAACUCUUUUGAACGAGGCAACGACCCCUUGACUGAUGAGGAAAAUAACCAUGACAUUAACUCUGUGGCGGGCGUGCUGAAAAUGUACUUCAGAAACCUGGACAACCCGCUUUUCCCCAAGGAGAAGUUCAAUGAUCUCAUCGCCUGCAUUCGAACUGAAAAUCUGUAUGAGCGUGCCCUCUCCAUCCGGAAAAUACUGAUGAUAACACCACGACCAACACUGGUGGUCAUGAGAUACCUGUUUGCAUUCCUCAACCAUUUGUCCCAGUACAGUGAUGAGAACAUGAUGGACCCCGGAAACCUUGCCAUCUGCUUUGGUCCUACUCUGAUGCCCACCCCGGACCUCCUGGACCAGGUCUCAUGUCAGGCACACGUCAAUGAGAUCAUCAAAACCAUCAUCAUCCACCAUGAGACCAUCUUCCCUGACACCAAAGAGCUGGAGGGACCAGUUUAUGAGAAAUGCAUGAGCAAUACUGAGUACUGUGAAAGUCCGUACAGUGAACCAGGAGCGUUUGAGGAAGGAGAACAGGAUGGUGGGACAGAAACACAGACGAGUGAGGAGGAGGGUGAGCCUGUCGAGGCCAUAGCCAAGUUUGACUAUGUGGGUCGCUCUGGGCGGGAGCUGACGUUUAAAAAAGGUGCCCCAUUGCUGCUAUUUCAGAGAGCAUCUGAAGACUGGUGGGAGGGACGACACAACGGCAUAGAUGGACUUAUACCACACCAAUAUGUUUCACUGCAGGAUGAUGAGGCGAUGUCAGACACCCUGAGUCAGAAAACAGACAGUGAGAUCAGCACCACACCUUCAGAUGAAGUGAGCUCCAGACGCUCCCUGACGUCCCCUACUGAACCAAGACAACCAGAAACCUUCAUCAGCCGACACAGGAAGAGGACGGAGGCCCUCCUGCGCCGGGUCCCUGGUCGUCUCGGUGAUGGUCACUGCCAUGGCAACGGGCUUGAGCGCAGCUCACCCCCAGUAACGGUGACUGUAACGGGGCAUUUCAGCCCACGGGAGCUGCUGCGGGGGAACAGUUGUGCCCUGGACAGUCCCGAGCACCACAGACGCACUGGACAUAACGCCACCUCCAACGGCACCGUCCCUGCCAACAUCAGCCGACAUGAAUCCCUGCGCAGAGAGAGGGAGCGAGAGAGUCCUCCAAUACGCCAGUCACCAUCCACACUGCACUGUGGGUUACCUGUGCAACGCUCUCAGACGCUGAACCCUCACAAUAUGACACAGGAAUUAGAGGAAACUAUGAGUCUGGCCUUGAACGAGCUACGUGAGUUGGAGAGGCAAAACGGCAAGACCGCAGCCCCUGACCUGGUGCUGGACACCCUGGAGCAGGUGAAAAGCAGCCCUUCCUGCCCGUCGGGCUCCACCCCUUCCAGUUUAUCUAGCCCAUCUGAUUCCCCGAGCCCCCUCAGCCCUAUUAGCCCCCUUCCUCCUCUGCCCCCACUGCCCGGCCCGUCAUCCCGCCGCUCUAACGACCCUGUGGCCACCUUCAAACCUAUUGCCUCGCCCCGCAUGGGCGUGACGCUCCGCCCACCUGCGCUCCGCCCCAAACCGCCCGUUCUCCCCAAAGCCAACCCACCGCCUUCCCAGCAGCCCCCUAAUCCCAAUCCGAGUUUUGGCAAUGACAAGUCUGGCACUAUGUGAGCCAAUCCAAAGGGUCCAACCGGAGGAAACAGGGUUUAAAACUGAUUGGUCUAGACUAAAGAACGUAAACAGGGUUAUUAUCAAAAUAAUGACAUGAUUGUAUGGUCAAUAACUAGUUUACACGCAGAACGUUCAGCUAAAAUUAGCCUAUAUUAUAUCCAUAAAUGUUGUCAGGGUGGUGUGUGUGUGUGUGUAUUCUCUAAGCGAAUAGGACUUUACCGUGUCUGUGUGUAGAUACAUUUAUGAGGAACGUAUUCAGAGACAGCGGAGAGAGACUGUUUGUACAGGAUGUACUGUUAUUUGAGAGCUGUAGACUGGGAAAUGUAGUUCUUAUCGAGUCCUCAUUGAGUGCAAUGUAUUUUCAAUGCUAUGAUUUUGGCCUUACUACCACAAAGAGAAUGGGGUCGUUCUUUAUAAGUUGCUGCUGCUUUCUUUUAUGCUUCGAUUCAAAUGGCCGAGCUACAGGGAUACCGGUGCCAUUUGGAAAAAUGGUUAUUCACUUAUUAGAAAUUGAUGGGGAAUGUAACUUCAAAGCCACGCACCUAGUCCGAAGAACACAAUGUAUUAAAUGAAUGUUUCACGUUUUUCCACUCUAAAUACCACACUAAGCCUUGAUCACCAGAUAAACCUCCCCCUUUACCGUGGAAACGCAACCCUGAAGACUGACUGGAUGAUGUGGGAGGGAUGGAACUCAUUACAUUCCCAGGACAAACAUGAAAUGAGCUUUAAUAGAAUAUUACGGCAAAAUUUGGUCACAUCAGUCUGAGGUUUCAGCUAACGAAAAAUGGGGAGGACUGCAAAGAAAAUUCAGAAAUUAUGGAAAUUCGCUGGAACGAAUCUUGACUUCUGCCACCAGGCCGCGCCCUCCCUCAGGUCGUUUGCGUAAAAAUUUCCACUGCUGCUCCACUAAUGGACGAUAACAGUGUUCAAUCCUUAAUUUUCAGUGUCCCCUGUGCUUCCAGUGUAUGUACAAUAUCGUCAAUGACUCUCUUUGGAACACACUAACUAUACGUUUAACAGACUCUCCUGUGUGGGUGGGUGGGUUGGUGGGGGUGUUUGCAUGAUAAAGUGGAGUUAGAUGUGUGCCAUUCUGGCCACAGAGUAGUGCAGAGAACUAAGAUGAUAGAUAAUUCAUGCUUGCACAACAAGGAGAGCUGCGUACAUGCAGUAGUGCAUAUGAAAACUUAAAGGGAAAGUUCACUCAAAAAUGAAAAUUCUGUCAUCAUUUACUCACCCUCAUGUUGUUCCAAACCCGUAUGACUUUUUUGUUUCUUUGCUUCUGUUGAACACAAAAAAUGUUAGGCAGAAUCAGAUGUUAGACAGUCUCAGUCACCAUUUACUUUCAAGCUGUGGAAAAAAGAUGCAAUGAAAGUGAAUGGUGGCUGAGACUAACAUUCUGCCUAACAUCUACUUUCUUGUUCCAUGGAAGAAAGGAAGUCAUACAGGUUAUAAUGACAUGAGAGUGAGUAAAUGAUGACAGAAUUUUCAUUUUUGUGUCAACUAUCCCACAAGUUUAAGUGUUUGAGUGUUAGCGUGUGUGUGUAUGUGAGUGAAAGAGAGUUAGAGAGAGAGUGCACUGCGCUUGUAGACAAGAUGUGUGUUUGGGUGUGUGUGUGUCUUUAAGAGAGUGAGUGCAUGAAAGAGGGUGUUUAGUCUGGUGUAAAUAUGCAUGUAGGUGAGGAUAUUGUUUUAUGCCAAUACGAUGCUCUGCAUCUACCAAACAAAGCCUUGGUUCACUUUUUUAUACACUAACAGAAUUAUUGUUUUUCACUUUUAUUGACUGAUUUGCCCUUACGUUUUCUACCUGUUAUAUUUUUUUACUUAUUUAUUGAUUCUGGGUAUCUUCAUUUCUACUGGUGCUCUUUCAUACGACCGCGUCCAUAUACCCCCCGUGCUUGCUGCUGUAUCAGACGGCCACCUUUUGUCCUUUACAAGCGAUCUGCAAAUCUAAGACCAUCAUACCAUCACUCCCACACACACAAACAGACACACGCACACACACUGUGUUCACAUGAAAGUGCCUUUUAGGAUGCAUGUUGAAUGCUGAGGGUGUGUGCUUCCGUCGCUCUCUGAAGGGUCGUUCCACAAGUGAAAUAAUAAAGAUAGAGCUCUUUCCAGAUGUUUAAUAACCUAAAGUAAUAAUAAAUAUGUACAUUUAAUCCAUUGUGAUGUCGCACUUUCAUGUAUAGGACUGUAUUGGCAUGUAGCAUUAAACCAUGUUCCAGUGCAUUUUCAAAACGUGUCAAACUGAAUGUCUUUGAAAUAAAGGAAGUUGAUAUGUCUCAACGAAGUGUCAUCUGUAUCUAUCUAUCUAUCUAUCUAUCUAUCUAGAAUUAAAAAUAUUUAUUUAAUUUUAAUUGGCAAAUGGUUUUAUUUAUUUAUUUUUAUCUAAUUGUAAGCAUAAACAUCAAUAAAUUUGGCUAGAUGCAUGCUAAAAAACAUUUUUGCCAAUGGGGAUAGUUAACAGUGUUGUACUUGUCAAUAAAUAUAGCUGUUAGGUUACAUUCCCUUCGAUUUUCCUUUAAAUGUUAUCAGCCCAGUUCUGUACACAUGCACACUAAUAAUAACCUGUGUUCUUAUUCCAAAUUCUCACUGUUAAA